CAGAGCACUCGCUCUCUCUCUCUGAAAUGGCGUCGUUAUCGUGUUCCGCCUCCGAUCUUGUAACCCUUCUAGGUGGCGUCCCUAAUGCUACGGAUGCUGCUGAUUACAUCUGCGGCCGAUUCGAAGCCAUUUCGAACAAAUUUAUUGAGACGGGUUAUGCCGUGGACAACACGUACCUGCUCUUCUCAGCGUACCUUGUCUUUGCAAUGCAGCUUGGAUUCGCCAUGCUUUGCGCAGGCUCUGUUCGAGCGAAGAACACAAUGAACAUCAUGCUCACCAACGUCAUUGACGCGGCAGCCGGUGGUCUUUUCUACUACAUUUUCGGAUUCGCCAUUGCUUUUGGGACACCGUCGAAUGGGUUCAUCGGGAAACACUUUUUUGGUUUGACUGAAUUCCCUACAGAGUCUUUUGAAUACAGUUUUUUCUUGUUUCAAUGGGCUUUUGCGAUUGCGGCUGCUGGGAUCACCAGUGGUUCAAUUGCAGAGCGGACUCAAUUUAUUGCAUAUUUGAUUUAUUCAUCUUUCUUGACUGGUUUGGUUUAUCCAAUUGUGUCUCAUUGGUUCUGGUCUACUGAUGGGUGGGCUAGCCCUGCUAGAUCAGAGAAUCUAUUGUUUGGUUCUGGGGUUAUUGAUUUUGCUGGUUCUGGUGUUGUUCACUUAGUUGGUGCCAUUGCUGGGCUAUGGGGUGCAUACAUUGAAGGGCCUCGAAUAGGCCGGUUUGAUCACGCAGGCCAAUCCGUCGCUCUGCGUGGACAUAGUGGUACAUUGGUUGUUCUUGGUACUUUCUUAUUGUGGUUUGGUUGGUACGGAUUCAAUCCUGGUUCAUUUGUCACUAUUUUGAAGGCUUAUGGUGAAAGUGGUUCCUUUUACGGGCAAUGGAGUGCAGUCGGUCGAACGGCGGUGACCACCACAUUGGCCGGAUGCACUGCUGCAUUGACAACUCUGUUUGGGAAGAGGUUGCUGUCCGGACAUUGGAAUGUGACUGAUGUUUGCAAUGGUUUACUUGGUGGGUUUGCAGCUAUCACAGGUGGGUGUUCUGUUGUUGAUCCCUGGGCAGCUGUUCUAUGUGGGUUUGUGGCCUCUUGGGUUCUCAUUGGCUGCAACAAACUGGCCGAGAAGCUGCAUUACGACGAUCCGCUGGAGGCGGCGCAGCUUCAUGGUGGUUGUGGCUCAUGGGGGAUUAUAUUCACAGCACUGUUUGCAAAGAAAGAGUAUGUGAAUGAGGUGUAUCCAGGGUUACCUGGAAGGCCAUAUGGAUUGGUAAUGGGAGGAGGAGCAAGGUUAUUAGCAGCUCAUGCUGUCCAGAUUUUGGUAGUUGUGGGAUGGGUGAGUGUGACAAUGGGGACAUUGUUUUUCAUUCUGCAUAAGCUGAAACUUCUGAGGAUCACAGCAGAAGAGGAGAUGGCAGGGAUGGACUUGACUAGUCAUGGUGGUAUUGCUUAUGUUUAUACAGAUGAAUAUCAAGAUGAUGCAGCUAAGAGGGGAAUUUGUUGAGGAAAGUGAAAGCUUGGCUGCAUUUGGGUUUUGGGGUUUAGGGUUUACUAGGAGCAUUAUUUACAUUCAAAUUAGUUUCUACAGUUGGUUCUGUUUCUAAGUAAUGAGAUAAGCAUGAGUUAAUAAGUCCACUCAGUACUAUACUUCUGGAAAAUGUAUAAAACCUUGAACUGGUUGCUCUUCUACAAACUCUAUGAUUCGUACUGGAAACUAUAUAUCUAUGUGGAAGCUGCAGUGACAGAACAAGUAAAUAACUCAUAUCAUAAAUUAUUCAGUUUUAUUGUAGAUCAA